AUGGUCUUCGCAUCCUCUUCAGCUGCACAGCGGAGCACUCCCGCAGGUAGUUGGAAAAGAGAGCACAGACCUGGAGCCGAGCUUCCUGGGUAACUGUUCUUCACUCCCUCUCUCUGGCAAAGUGUGCUGAGAGCAGAAUGAACUACUUUGUGGAUUCAGCCAUGAGCAGCCCUGGCCCUUACCCAGCGUCUCGUCCUGCAGUGGCGAGGCAGGGACCUAUCAGCGCUUUUGAAGAUCCUCGAAUGCCCUGUGAUUUCCAGUCCAAUUAUCACCAGCAAAGACCUUGCUUCCCAUUCUGGGAUGAGAUGGCCACUCAGGAAGUUCCUACUGGCCUCGAACACUGUGGCUCAGAUAUGGAAUGUGCAGAUGUCCCAUUAUUAACUCCAAGCAGCAAAGAAAUGAUGUCUCAAGCACUGAAAGCUACUUUCAGUGGUUUCACAAAAGAACAGCAACGACUGGGAAUCCCAAAGGACCCUCGUCAGUGGACGGAAACCCACGUUCGGGAUUGGGUGAUGUGGGCGGUGAAUGAGUUCAGCCUGAAGGGUGUGGACUUCCAGAAAUUCUGUAUGAACGGAGCAGCUCUCUGUGGCCUGGGUAAAGACUGCUUCCUUGAGCUAGCUCCAGACUUUGUUGGGGACAUCUUAUGGGAACAUCUAGAGAUCCUGCAGAAAGAGGAUGUGAAACCAUAUCAAGUUAAUGGGGUCAACCCUACCUACCCAGAAUCCCGUUAUACCUCGGAUUAUUUCAUCAGUUAUGGUAUCGAGCAUGCUCAGUGUGUCCCUCCAUCAGAGUUCUCGGAACCCAGCUUCAUCACGGAGUCCUACCAGACGCUCCAUCCCAUCAGCUCAGAGGAGCUCUUGUCCCUCAAGUAUGAGAACGACUAUCCCUCAGUCAUUCUCCGGGACCCUCUUCAGACAGACACCUUGCAGACCGACUACUUUGCCAUCAAGCAAGAAGUUGUCACCCCCGACAACAUGUGCAUGGGGAGGACCAGUCGUGGUAAACUCGGGGGACAGGACUCUUUUGAGAGCAUAGAGAGCUACGAUAGUUGUGAUCGUCUCACUCAGUCCUGGAGCAGCCAGUCGUCUUUCAACAGCCUGCAGCGUGUUCCCUCCUAUGACAGCUUCGACUCCGAGGACUAUCCGGCUUCCCUGCCCAACCACAAGCCCAAGGGCACCUUCAAGGACUAUGUGCGUGACCGUGCUGACCUCAACAAGGACAAGCCUGUCAUUCCUGCUGCUGCCCUGGCUGGCUACACAGGCAGUGGACCAAUCCAGCUGUGGCAGUUUCUUCUGGAAUUACUCACUGAUAAAUCCUGUCAGUCUUUUAUCAGCUGGACAGGAGAUGGCUGGGAAUUCAAACUUUCUGACCCAGAUGAGGUGGCGAGGAGAUGGGGAAAGAGGAAAAACAAGCCUAAGAUGAAUUACGAGAAACUGAGCCGUGGUCUACGCUACUAUUAUGACAAAAACAUCAUCCACAAGACGGCGGGUAAACGCUAUGUGUACCGCUUUGUCUGUGACCUGCAGAGCCUGUUGGGGUACACCCCCGAGGAGCUCCAUGCCAUGUUGGAUGUCAAGCCCGACGCUGACGAGUGAUGGACGUGGAAGGGCCGGGGCUACCUUUCUGAGACCUUUCAGAGAACAACUGUGUUGGUCGGACUCUUAAUUUUUAAUUGUUAUUCUAUUUUUUAUUUUCCAGAACUCAUUUUUUACAUUCAGGGGUGGGAGCUAAGGGAGCUGCAGCUGUAAUCCAUUUUGCGUGGUUGAGCGGGAAAGCCAGGACUUGCGGGGUGGAGGGGCCAGAAGGUCUUCAGCAGGUUUUCAGGAGAGAGAAAAGGGUCUUAGAAGCUUGAAGGAUCUGGCUUAAGGAAAGAAGUGACUAAUGUGUCUAAUCGUGUUUUAAAAUCAUCCAUGACAAAAGCACAUCUUGAGUUAUGGACCCAUUUGCAAGAGAAAUUGUUACAUCGAGAAUACAAGACUGGUGAAAGGCAAUUAAUUUACAGUUGUUUUUGAAUCUGGGAGGGAAAGAUGAGGAGGGUGGGAUGAGAACAUUUUCUUUGGGGGAUGGAGUAAAAACCAAGGAUUAUGUACCUUUCACUCUGCUUUUUGAAAAAAAAGAUGGACUUUCAGGGGGAGGGGUCCAAACUGUUUUUGUGUUAAAAUUUAUUUUAUGAAAUUUUGUGCCAGUAUUUUUUUUUCUCAAGAAAUUGUCUUAAGCUCUAAGGUGGUCUCAGUAUUGCAGUAUCAUGCAAGUUUGUUCUUAUUUGCUGGCUGAGGAUUUUGUCACAUUGAAAGAAAACUGUUUAUAUAGACCCCAUUGGAAAAGCAAAGCUCAGCCACUGAGAUCAGGGAUCCCAAAUUCAUGUGACUUAUAUAUGAAGGAAAUAGUAAUGCUGAUUUGGGUGCAGGGGAACUGUGUGUGUGCAUUUCUUCUAUAAUUUUUAAAAUAUUGUCACAGCCCUUUACUUAUUUGUCAUUUAUGGAUUCUCGGGGUUUAGACUUAAUGUUAAUCUAUGAAGCAUUAAGUCUGUGAACUGAAUGUAUUUUGGCAGCCCUGGGUUUGGACAGUGGUCAAGGUAGCAGCACUGCUGAAGUCAUGGAAAGGAAAUUGAAGGAGGAAGAUUAACUUGGUUCUUGAUAAUUCUCUACUUAUAACAUAGAUGACUUGGAAUUAAAGCUGUGUGCAUGGGCAUUACCCUCUCAGGUCUUAAGAAGCAUAUCCUGAAUGCAUGUUGUUCCAAACUAAUACUCUAAAAUUUCUCCUUUAUAUCUUAUUCUUCCAGCAUCCCACAUUUAUUGCCCCCUCUCCAGUAUUCAGCAGAGAGAAACAUAAGCUUUCUGAUAGAUGACUGAAAAAGUGACUUCAAACACCGCGGAACUGAAGAGUGUACUUGUACCACAGAUACUAAGGAAGCAUUUGAGUACAGAAUAACUUGGCUGAUUUGGGGAAGAGAUGUGCAAGGCUUUCCUUUGCAGAAUUGCAGCUAGGAGGGUAGGAUGUCAGAUGAAAUUUGCAUGCAGAGGAGGUGGUGCAGAUGACCCUGGGCCUUGUGCUUGGAUCUGUUGCCCUGCCAGAGGGUGAGCGAACGUUAAUGGGAGAAGGGAGGAAUGACUUGAAGGCAGAGAAAAUAAGGAAAGGAGCUUGGGUGAUUAAAAGAAGGUGGUCCAUGAGAUUUGGGUACAUUUUUAGCCUCCCCCCAAUUUAAAUACAGUUAAGAAAGGGAGUUAUCUUUCUGCUAUUUGUAAGAUGAAUCGAAAAAUGAUGUUUGGGGCAAAUCCCAACAUCUAAGUAGUAAGGAAGUGUGCUAAUGUAAUUAGAAUUCCUCCCACUGAAGACAUGGCCAGUUAUAAAGCUGAGAAGGGACUGCUGUGAACAUGAGUGAGGGGAAGAAAUUGCAGAUGAUCUUCUCAGGGCUGGCCCUUUUGCGGAUUUAGCUAAGAAACUGGAAGUGCUAACUACCUUAGUUAGCACUGGUGUGCUGCUGACUCCCAGAUUCCCUUGCAGGCCCUGAAUUAUCAGGAACUAGCUCUGUGAUCCACAAGGGUCCCCAUAUGAACCAAUUGGCGUAUACAUGUAUAAAGCAAAGGCAGAGUGAUCCCAGCUGUGUAUUUGAUCCUACAGAUGCAGGUGCCUUAAUGAACUUCUCCAAAUAUUUUAGGAGCUGCUCAGGGAGUGUUAGGUUGGAACUGUUUGGAUGAUAUUGUUUUCUCUUAGGUUAUGUGAUCUUUGUUGGGCCCUGGCAAAGGGUGUGUGUGUGUGUGUGUGUGUGUGUGUGUGUGUGUGUGUGUGGUUUGUGAACAUGCAAAAUUGCAGCUGAAAUAAUUCCUGAACUUUCUAGUUAAGUCUUUUCACAUUUCAGUGAUGGAUGAGAGCAGAACCAAGGCCGGGUAUCGGUCAAUGCUUACUGUUUACAACUAGGCAUGAAAUCGCCGUCUCAAGUCAUCAGCCUUUCCUAUGAAAUGUACACUGAAAACCUCCCCUUCUGUGAGUCUGUCCAAUCCCUGCAAUCCCCGUAGCAGAUAAGGUGUAAGAAAGUGCCUCCUCGUGCUCCUCAGCCCACACUUUUGCUAAGAUGCCCUUUCUCCCUACGUCCACCAUUUUCAGGAUUUGUAGCUAGUGUAUUAAUACAGACAGCUUUGUCCAUCUGGCCAUAUGCUUUUUCCCCUUUUGUCCAAAGGCCAGAGACCAUCCCAAGAAGAGUGGUGGGUGGUUUAUACACUGGAAAUGUAGCAGCAUUGUUGCAUUUAUGCUUUUUAAAAACACAUGUUAACUUCAGAGGAAGGACGGGCAAAUCAGGUCUAGUUGGGUGAAACCCUUAUAUUUUCCUGGAGAUGCCUUAAUCUAUGUGGGUUUUGGCUUUUGGGCCCAGAGUCACUUGGGUUCCUUUCUGCAUUCAUGGGAGAGACUUCCCUACACAGAGCCUGAUUGUGGCCAUGGGGAUUGGCAGUAGGAUUCCAAGAUCAGAUGUGCCCUUCCUCACUUUGGAGACGAGCACUCUGGGUUUUAGAGCAUUAACCUGCCUAACCUUCAUGGGGAAAAAUAUGUUUUCUCUCUUCUAGUCAUGCUGUGCAUGCUGCUUUCUCUGUUGGGGUCUAUAUAAAUUUGUUGAAUUUUUACCUACAUUCCAAAGAAGUGUCAAGGAACCAUAAGUAUAUGUAUACAUAUACAUAUAUGACAUAUAUAUAUUAAAAUGAAAUUAUCUCUAUCAGGAACACUGCCUCAGUUAUUGAACUUUUUUUUAAGAAUACUUUUUUUUAAAGCUGAGAAGUAUUGGAGUGAAAAAGAUGUUAUAUUGUGUUUGACUAUUUUCCAACUUGUAUUUUCAUAUAAUUUAUAUUUUUUAAAAGCUGAAAAUUUUAAAGUGAGAUAAAAAAGGAAAAGCAGGUGCUUUUUAAAAAUCAGAACUGAGGUAGCUUAGAGAUGUAGCGAUGUAAGUGUCUAUGUGUUUUUUUUUUAAAUGCAAAAAAAUAUUUCUUACCAGGGAGUUUUUGUUUGUUUAUUUUAGUAGCUGAUGCUGGCACAUCAUUUUGCUGGAGAGUUUUUUAUAUACUGUAGCCUGAUUUCAUAUUGUAUUUUAAACUGUGUGAAAUUAAAGAUGAAGAAAUUCAUUCAUAA